UUCAAUUGUUUAUAAUGUAUAAAUGUGAAAUUGUGUUGUUUUUAUUAAGUUUUUCUGUUUCUUGUGUCACUAAUUACGACCAAACUGGUCCGGAUCCGUGGGACGAUAAUAGCAAUGAUGUGCCGGACCUGAACGAUGAUGUUCCACCUGAUUUAAGAUAUGUUCCGAAGAAACAUGCGUCCAAAGAAAAUAAUUUUGGAAUUGGAGAUAUAUUUUUUAGAAGAAUGCUCGGAAUAGUACUAAAAGGCGGUCAACUUAAGGAAAACACUGAUGGUAGUAUUGAUGUAAUAUUGCAAAUGAAGUUUGAUGCGAAGAGAUGGGCCAGUUUGCAGAAUAUCUUAAAGCCCGAGACAGUGAUCACUGAAACAAAUCUCCGACGGUCCAUGAGUUAUGUAGAAGAUGCUGUAUAUAAAUCGACACUGCUUGAUAAUAUUAAAAUGGCCUGGAGUGAUUACAUCCAAUGUUAUCUUGUGGAGUAUAAGACACAGAUAACAUGGGUUCUGGGCUCGUUGGGGGCGACGACCCUGUUCAUAUGGCUUUGGAUGCACAUAUCCCAUAAACAUGUGGUUAUCAUAAUAUUCGUUAUGGUAUAUGUAUAUGAAGUGUUUAUAUCCUACAAGGAAGCAGAACAGAAAGAAGUACAACAAUUUUUAUCGGCUCUGGAAACCUGCAAAUGGCAGUUCUGGAAAUCGGAAUGUGAUAUUCCAUCUCCGGAUCUAAUUGUCUUUAUGAAGCACAUGAAUCCUCUUAAAAUUGCUUUAAGGAUGUUCACGUCUAUAGUAUCGGAGCCCAUGGUUGCUCUCAGUGGGACAGUCAAGACAAUGGUCGCUGGUAUUACUGAUGGUCUAUGGCCGCCGUUUGACGCAAUAGUCUAUGGUCUUCUCAUUGUAUCGUUUAAUGCUUUACUGAUGGUACUCCUAGUAAUGGUAAUAUUUAAUUUCAUUCUAAACACUCCAUUUAAUUUAAGUUUUGGUUUAUUGAGUAUCGGUGUAAAGCAACGUAACAGGAUAUUCCCCACACAACGGAGUAAUGCAGAGCAAGUGCAACAAAUUGGGAGUAGCAACAACGUUAGUGGAGCUACCCUCGAUAAGCUCCUAGAUGUUGUUAGCCGUGCUCUAGGAAGUGGUGUCGAGCGGCCAAAUAUUCAUAAUAAUGAGCACAGACCAAGAAUAAUGUCACGUGGUGCUGAAGAGCCAGUGAUACGCAGAUCUGCCAGCACUGGACGCCUUCCUAACAUGUCGUUUGAAGAAAAAAGAUUUUCAGAACCUGCCACUAGCGGAUUUAAAAGAAAAUGUGAUAAGUUUACAAUUGGGACUAUAGAUGGCAGUGGUGAUGCACAUAGAAAGAAAUAACUGUGAUUAUUUUUAAACUUUCGUGUUUAAUAUACAUUAUUUAUAUUAU